AUGAAUAAUAAAAAACAAAAUACAAAUCGAUUCUUGGAUCUAAUCGUCAAUACUUAUGGCAUUGGUGGUGUUCAACUUUCGCCAUUAAAAUUCAAUGACAUUCGUAGUGUUGUCAAUUUUUUCACAAACAUUUUGUUCAAUAUUUAUAUGGUAAAAACAUUUCAAUCACCAUUGUUUAAAAAUGAUGGAACAACAAAAUUCGAAGAGUAUAUGCUAAUGCAAUUUAAUAAAUUUAAUUCAAUUCAUAUAUAUUAUUUCCAUAAAUUUAAUUCAUAUAUAUUAUUUCCACUAAUCUAUUAUGCAUAUACAUUGAGUUAUUUUAUCAAUGGUCAUCGAUUAAUUGAAUGUUUUCAAUCAACAAUAUAUCUUUCUAUACAAUAUUCUAAACAAAAAUCAAUUUUAAUAUUAUCAAUUGUCAUGAUUAUUCAAAAUUUUAUUGUGUAUUUGAAAAAAAUAGAUACACCUGCGAAAGUUGACAUUUCAACAAUGAUUUCCUUUGAAAUAUUUUAUUUUUAUGAAUCGGUAACUUGGAUUCUGUUAUAUUUUCAUCAGUUUGCUAAUUUAAAUAUAUUAAAAGCGAUCAAAAAUCGAUAUUGUUCAUCAAUCGAAAUGGAUAUUUUUCGUGAAUCAUUCACAUUGUUAAUGUUUGAUUUUUUUACUAUUGAUUCGGCUCUGUUUAUGGAUUGGAUUAUUUUCUUAACCGGUUAUGCAACAAUUAUUAGUCAAACUAAUUAA